AUGGGUGUCAAACAAAUAAUACAUUAUGGAGUUGAUUUGGCGUUAGUUUCUAUGAUUUUGGCGGGUUUACGCCGCAGCACUUCGUAUGUGGUCGCAUACGAAAUGAGCGAUCUCAGAAACUACAUCAAACAGUAUUUGGACUGGGGAGAAUUCCUGUUUGAUAAACUAGCACAAAUGGCCGAAAGAAGCGCAUAUUUCAGAAAGCAAACUCCGCUCGAUAAGUUUUUGGCUGAUAAGCGUCCAGGAGACGCUUAG